UAUGGUAGAGCCGGUCUCGGAAGCGCCCGCGGAGGUAGGGGAGGAAGCUUCUGACUUUGCAGCGGCGGCCUGGUCUCUCUGGGACGUCACCUCGCCAUGUCCGAGAAAAAGCAGCCGGUAGAUCUGGGUCUCUUGGAGGAAGAUGACGAGUUCGAGGAGUUCCCCGCGGAAGACUGGGCUGGUUUAGAUGAAGAUGAAGAUGCACAUGUCUGGGAGGAUAAUUGGGAUGAUGACAAUGUUGAGGACGACUUUUCCAAUCAGUUGCGCGCUGAGCUAGAGAAACAUGGUUAUAAGAUGGAGACUUCAUAACAUCCAGAAGAAAGUAUGGAAGCAAUCUGAGUUUGAACUGUUGUUACCUAAAUUCUAGGACAAAGGACCCAGGAUGGCACACUUUUAAAAAGAUGUUUAUUUCACCACUUGCUUGGAUUUAUUUUUGUUUUUGUAACACAAAAUAAAUGUUUUCAUCUAAUUUCACUUGGUUCAAAAA